AUUGAUCAUCUCUGAGUGACACGCGGUGCUCACACACCGAUCCCCAUUCAUCGUUCCACAGGAGGGGGAACCAGAGCAGGGCGUUUCGUGUGCCGGGUGACAGGGGAGAUCUCUCUUUUGACAAUGAAUACGUGCAGAAGGAUUUCGUUCUGGAUGGUCUUGAUCCUGCUCUCGUGCCAAGACAUUUCCCUGGCAUCGCAAUUUCCUACACAGCUCAUGAUUAAAGAUUGGGUGGAUCAGAUGCAGCGAGAGCUGGUCAGCCUGGCCGACACCGCGAGCGCUGGCAAGAGCCUGACACAGAUCUUUUUGGCAAACCAAAACCUGUACACUGUGGAGCAGAACGACGCAGAGGAGCUGGUGGCCAGAGCGGCCAGGAACAUCGAACAGCUGCUGGGGAAGAGGUCCACAGCCCUGGAGAAACUGGCCACUGCAGCAGAGAUCCUGCAGAUGGAGCACCAGUGGAAAGAUGAGUUUGAGGAUGGGGAGAUUGCCUACUACAACGCGAAGGAUAACCUGGACGUGAACGAAACCCAAGGCAGGAAGAACCGGAUCCGUCCGGAGUUCAGGCAGGACUCCUCCUUUAAACGCCUGACCGAUCACAACCACACUGCCGUGCACAUCCCCACGGACAUCUACGAUGGCUCCACCAUCGUGCUGAAUGAGCUGUACUGGACCGAGGCGCUGGCCGACGUCUUCAAGAGGAACCGGGAGGACGACCCCACCCUCCUCUGGCAGGUGUUUGGCAGCGCCACGGGAUUGGCUCGCUACUUCCCAGCUUCCCCGUGGAUGGACGUGCGCAAGACCCCCAGUAAGAUCGACCUGUACGACGUGCGCCGGAGACCAUGGUACAUCCAAGGUGCUGCCUCGCCCAAAGACAUGCUGAUCCUGGUGGAUGCGAGCGGCAGCGUGUCGGGCCUGACGCUGAAGCUCAUCCGGACCUCUGUGAUCGAGAUGCUGGACACCCUGUCCGACGACGACUACGUCAACGUGGUCUACUUCAACACCAGGGUGAAUAUUUCGGGCUGCUUCGACCAUCUGGUCCAGGCCAACGUCAGGAACAAGAAGCUGCUGAAGGACGCCGUCCAGAACAUCAAAGCCAAGGGCAUCACCAACUACACCAAAGGAUUUGAGUUUGCUUUCGAGCAACUCUCCGUGACAAACGUCAGCAGAGCCAACUGCAACAACAUCAUCAUGCUGUUUACGGACGGGGGAGAAGAGAGAGCUCAGGCCAUCCUGGAGAAAUACAACACUGACAAGAAAGUGAGGGUGUUCACCUUCUCUGUGGGCCAGCACAACUACGACAAAGGACCCAUCCAGUGGAUGGCCUGCGCCAAUAAAGGAUACUUUUACGAGAUUCCCUCCAUCGGCGCCAUCCGAAUAAACACGCAGGAGUAUCUGGAUGUGCUUGGGCGACCCAUGGUGCGGGCCGGUCAGCAGGCCAAGCAGGUCCAGUGGACCAACGUGUACCUGGACGCCCUGGAACUGGGGCUGGUCAUUACAGGCACACUGCCGGUGUUCAACAGGACCAGGAUCAGAGAUGAUACAAAUGGAGAGACCCAGAACCAAUUGAUUCUUGGGGUGAUGGGGAUCGAUGUGUCGCUGAACGACAUCAAGAAACUAACACCACGAUUUACUAUCGGGCCAAACGGAUACUACUUUGCCAUUGACCCAAACGGCUACGUCCUGUUGCAUCCCAACCUUCAGCCCAAGAACCCUAAAUUCCAGGAGCCUGUGACCCUUGACCUAAUGGAUGCUGAGCUGGAGAAUGACGUUAAAGUUGAGAUCAGGAGAAUGAUGAUAGACGGCGAGAUAGGGGAGCAGACCAUUGAGACCUUAGUAAAGACUCAGGAUGAGCGGUACAUAGACAGAGGUGUACGGACCUACACCUGGGGACCGGUGAACGGAACAGAUUACAGCCUCGCCCUUGUCCUGCCUAAAUACAGUGAACACUUUAUUCAAGCCAAGCUGGGGAACGACAUAGAGGAAGCCAAAUCUGUGGGAACAAUGCAACUGGACACGUUUGAAGAGUAUGGACACACCUUCAUUGCUCCCAGGGAGUACUGCAAAGAGCUGAAAGUUUCGGACAACAACACACACUUCCUCAUCGACUUCAAUGAGUUCAUUGAAAGUGACGCUCCCAAAGCCUGCAACGUGUCCUUGGUGAACAGGCUCAUCCUGGACGCGGGACUCACAGCAGAGCUGGUCAAGGUGUGGAAGGAGCAGGCGCUCGAAGGGAUCAUGGCCCGGUUUGUAGCCACAGACGGGGGGAUCACCAGAGUCUAUCCUAACAGUGCUGGAGAAGACUGGAAUGAGAAUCCUGAAACAUACGAGUCCAGCUUUUACAAGAGAACCCUGGACAAUGAGAUAUACAUUUUCACUGCACCGUAUUUCAAUAGGAGCAGAGAGUCUGGCUACGAGUCAGGCAUUCUGGUCAGCAAGGCAGUGGAUCUCACCCUUCAUCAGGUUGAGCUCAAACCCGCAGUGGUGGGAGUCAAACUGAAUGUUACAUCCUGGAUGAACACUUUCAUCAGUGCUACGUUAAAAGUCAACUGUAAGGAUGAAAUCUGUGGCUGUCUGAAGAAUGAUAAGCAUGUGGACUGUGUGAUCCUGGACGACGGAGGCUUCCUCCUCAUGUCCAACCAGGAAGAGUACAUCACGCAGAUAGGUCAGUUCUUUGGGGAAAUUGACCCCGUGCUGAUGAUCAACCUCGUGAACACAUCGCUCUACUCCUUCAACAAGACGUACGACUACCAGUCCGUCUGUGACCCGGAGAAGGACAGCAAGACAGCAGCAGGCCCACGAAGCGUCUACGUGCCGACUGUUGCUGACCUGCUCAGUGUCGGCUGGUGGGCCUCCACUGCUGCUUGGUCCAUCCUGCAGCAGCUGCUCUACAGCCUCACGCUGCCUAACCUGCUGGACGCCGUGGUGUCGGCAGAAGAGGAGGUCCCAGACGCCAUGUUCAAGGAGAGCUGUAUCACCGAGCAGACGCAGUACUUCUUCGAUAACGACGAGAGAUCCUACGCAGGGCUGCUGGACUGCGGGAACUGCUCCAGGAUGUACCGCGCCGAGAAGCUUCCCAACACCAACCUGGUGUUCCUGAUCACCGACGCCAAGGCCACGUGUUUGUCAUGUGACCCCCGGCCGCUACGGCAAGCCGAGCAGCCCUCCGAGGGCCCUGAUCUGUGCGAGCUGGCCCGGAACCCCAGGUACAGGAAGGGGCCCGACGUGUGCUUCGACAACGAUGAAAACGAGGAUGAUUCUGACUGUGGAGCAGGAACCUGCCUGAGGUCUUCCCUGUGGUCCAUGCUGGGCCUCCAACUGUUGCUACUGGGACUGACCAGCACCUCUACACACUCAUGACCCCCCCGCCCCCCCACACACACCCUUCAUACACAGACACAGAACAUCCUGUCUGCUCUGAGAUACAAACAAUCCUCCUGUAUGUCUUCAUAUUCCUCUCACAAGGAAGACAUCAUCCCACGUGUGGUCGGAUGAAUUGUCCAAACGUCUUCAUUGUCACACAAUGUAUUUAUUUGAUUUGAACAACCUCAUCCGUCGCUCACUGCCAGUGUGGAAGUGGAGCCAUCCUCCUCGUUCUACCAUUGCCAAAGGGUCGUUCAUCGCUCUAGACGGCGUCCCUAGGGCGUCUCGACUGUGUUUCUCUGGCUCUGUUCCUCCAGCCCUUCAUCCUAUACUAUGGUGCAAGAUAAAGAGCAAAACCAAACCCUUUAAUUCUGCCUCAUCCUCUCUAAUGACCAACUAGAACAACCCAACGUUACGGCGAUUAUUAUUCCAAAAGAGAAAACCUGUACCUUCACUGACAGCAAUGAUGUGUGUCGUCUUCAGUAUUGUUUGUCGCUUAUAUUCACUGCUAAUGAAUAAUCAUACUCUAGGUAUAUGAGAAGAAGAUGUUGCUAUGGAAAAAUAAGAGUAUAUAUUUUGAGGUUCUUUGUUUGUUUGUUUCCUCUUGUUUAUCUUUGUGGUGGGCUAGCAUCUGAUGGUGUUCUCAGUGUUGUGGUGUAUCAGCAUGACGUCUAUAGAGGAGAAUAAACUCAGUACUCUGACACCAAAGCUCCAUAUACUACCAAGGACUAAGGAAGAUGUACACAUGUACACGUUUUUUUUCUACUGAACACACUCCGACGGAUAUACCGUACAUUAAUAUAUGUUAAAAAAAAGAAAAACAAAGCAGUUCUCGGGACCAAAACAAGGCAGGACAUAGGUAUUAUAAGGAUGUGUGCUUAGUCAUAGGUGUAGCUUACAGUGACUCAGCGUGGCCAAGAUCCAAAGACGAUCCCUGUGGAUCACUUUGGAUGAAAUGUAUUCCAGAUUGCAUUAUUUUGAACGUGUGUGUGUCCCCGGCUCAGUGCGACCUUGGUGGCCCUUGAUUUGAUGCAUCAGAUUCCCAGUGCCUAUGUAGCUGUGUAACACUCUUGUCGGCGAUCCAAACGUUGCAUUAAAGCAUUGCAUU